CCGGUGCGACCGUCCCAAAACCGCCCCGACCCACCCCAAAAGCGCCGCCACCCGCCCCGAAAGCGCCCAGUGCCACCCGGCACCGCCGCGGGGCGCGAGGAUGGAGCCGGGGCCCGACUUCGACAUGUGGCGCGACUACCUGGGGCUGGCCACCGCGCUGGCCACGCUGGCCACCGCCUGCCGGGAGGAUGGCCACGGCCACACGGCCGCGGCGGCAUCGGCAGCACCGGCAGCAGCAGCGUCGGCAGCACCGGCAGCGGCAUCGUCGGCCUUGGCGUCACCACCCUUGGCGUCACCGGCGUUGGCAUCCCUGGCGUUGUCGGCGUUGGCAUCCCCGGCAUUGUCAUCGCUGGCGUUGGCAUCCCCGGCGUCGGCAAACCCGGCAUUGUUGUCGUCGGCGUUGGCAUCACUGCCAUCGGCACCGUCGGCGUUGGCAUCACUGGCAUUGGCAUCAUCAUCGUUGGCAUCACAGGCGUCAGCGUCACCGGCAUCGGCGUCCUCGGCCUUGGUGUCACCGGUGGUGGUGUCACCGUUGUCAUCACUGGCGUCACCGGCAUCGGCGUCACCGGCCUCGACACCAUUGGCCCUGGCGCCACCGGCGUUGGCAUCCCCAUCAUCGGCCCCCCCGGCGCAGGCCACCGCUAGCCCCGGGGCGUGCGCCUUCUGCCGGCAGAACGGGGAGGCGGCGGCGGUGUGGCGCGGGCACAGCCUGCGCGACGCCGGGGGCCGGGUGCUGUGCCCGGUGCUGCGCGGUUACGUCUGUCCCCAGUGCGGGGCCACCCAGGAUCGGGCCCACACCAAGCGCUUCUGCCCCCUCACCCGCCACAGCUACGCCUCUGUCUACGGCCGGCGCCCGCCCCGUGCCAACACUGCCGGCCACCGCCGCGGCCACCACCACGAGAAAUAGCCGCCGCCGAGCCCGCAGGCGCUCCCACCUCCGCCGAGAUGGCGUUUUCCCCGGCACCGGUUCUCCCCGUUCCCUCCCCGCCCGGCG